CCCGAGGGGCACGCGUGGCCGAAAUCCUCUUUUCUGCAGCGCUGGGGAAGACGCUGAAAGCCGAGGCCAGGCCGGCAGCUCCCAGCCGCUGUUCAGGCCCCGGCUUUGCUCCGUGCCGCGAUGCUCCAGCGCGGACGCCGGGAUAACGCAGCCUGAGCGUAGCUGCCGGCGCCCGGGGAGGGGGGUUCGAGGUCCCGGCUUCAGCCCUCCCGCUGCCACAGAGCCGCGGCGCAGCCCGUGGAGCCCUGCUGCGGCUCACCCGUGGCCGUGGCCGGCACGCUGCUGCACUGAGGGUCCUGGGGCCCCUCCGCUGCGCCAUGGGCUGAGGCAGGAGGGGUGGCACCACCCCGGCGCUGCUCCCCGGGGGGACCCCAAUCUCCGCCAGCUCGGGGCAGACGCGUCCUCUCCGGGGACGAGAGGCCCCACAGGGGGAAGGAACCACCAAGAGCUGUGUCUGUCCCACGCAGGGUCCCUGCCCGGUGGCUCCGGUACUCCCGCACCCUUCAGCAUGGAGGACCGGAGGAAGAAGCGGAGCCCCAAGGCCUGCCUGGCUCAGCCAGUGCCCGCCGGGGCCCCACGGCCGCUGCCCAGCAAGAGCAUGUCCUUCACGCUGCCGCUGCCCACCCUGCCCUCGCCCAGGCAGCGUGCCCGGUUCAGGCGGACGAGCAAGGAGCGGGUGCGGGCGGGCGGCGCGGGGGCAGCACGGGGGGCCCCGCUGCAGCACAGCUUCCUCACCGACGUCUCCGACGUCUGCGAGAUGGAGGGAGGGCUGCUCAGCCUCCUCAGUGACUUCCACUCGGGAAAGCUGCAGGCCUUCGGGAAGGAGUGCUCCUUCCAGCAGCUGGAGCACGUGCGGGAGAUGCAGGAGAAGCUGGCGCGGCUUCACUUCGGCCUCGAUGUCUGCGUGGAGGAGCUCCCCGAGGAGCAGAAGAAAGCAGCGGCCGACAGGAACCUGGACCAGCUGCUGGCACACCUGGAGGAGCUCAGCAGCUCCAUACAGAAGCUGCACUUGGCGGAGAGCCCCGACCCGGAGGACAUGGCGGCCUGACCCUGCGCCCGGCC